AUGUUGGAUGCAAAGCCUGCACCCACGCCUUUGAGUUCAAAUGUGUCUUUUGUUUCUGCAGGUACCCCAUUUCCGGAUACUACUCAAUAUCGUUCUAUUGUUGGUGCUCUACAGUAUCUCACGAUCACACGACCUGAUAUUGCGUAUGCUGUAAAUCAAGUCAGCCAAUUUUUACAUGCUCCUACCACGGCGCACUUUCAGGAAGUAAAACGGAUCCUUCGCUAUCUCAAAGGAACUGUCUCUUAUGGUCUUCACUACAGUCGUCCUGUUCAGACUUCAUUGCUUGGCUAUUCCGAUGCUGACUGGGCUCGCUGCUUAGAGACACGACGGUCCACUUAUGGGUAUUCAAUCUUUUUGGGAGGAAACCUCAUCUCAUGGAGUGCAAAGAAGCAACCCACUGUCGCUCGCUCCAGUUGUGAAUCUGAAUACAUAGCUAUGGCAAAUACAGCUGCGGAGAUUGUCUGGUUAACUCAUCUUCUUCAGGAACUUCAUGCCUUACCAUCGAGUCGACCUACCAUUCUUUGUGUCAAUCAAAGUGCUAUUUUUCUCACUCAGAAUCCGGUCUCUCACAAACGAGCAAAACAUAUAGACAUUGAUUAUCACUUCUUACGUGAAUUAGUGACUGCGGGAAAACUCAUGACUAAAUUUAUUCCUACCAAGCUUCAAGUUGCGGAUAUUUUCACAAAGAGUCUACCAAGUUCUCAAUUUCAGUCUCUUCGUCAACAGCUUCGCAUUGGUCCGCCACCGUUCAGCUUGCGGGGAUGUUAG